CUUAUAUAUGCGAAUUCAGCACAUACGAUUUAAAACCGAUGUCAAUAACAUAAAUGUACCAGAUCAACGUACUAGAUUUCAAUGACAGUACGAAGUAAUAUCCAUAGCAGAAAUCGCAUAAUGUCAAUGCUUGUCACUACAUUUCUAGCACGUGCAUUCGAAAGUUGAUACAAAUUUAAAAAAACCAUUCUCUUUUCAUUUUUUACCUCAUUUUCACUAGUUGUUAGACAAAUUUCACAAAAAUGCAGAACGACGAUGUUGUUUGGAGCAUUAUCAAUAAGUCGUUUUGUUCGCACAAAGUCAAAACUGAUACCCGAAAUUUCUGCCGGCAUGAAUACAAUCUGACGGGUUUGUGUACGCGUGUAUCGUGUCCGUUGGCCAACAGUCAGUAUGCGACCAUUCGCGAAGAGAAGGGUAUUAUUUACUUGUACAUGAAAACUGCCGAACGAUCACAUUUCCCAUCGAAACUAUGGGAAAAAGUGAAACUGUCGCGGAAUUUCGAAAAGGCCAUUUAUCAAAUUAACGAGAAUUUGGUCUUUUGGGAUAAUUACAUUCGGCAAAAGUGCAAACAACGUUUCAUUAAGAUCACACAAUACUUGAUUCGUAUGCGUAAACUGAAAUUGCGUCGACAGAAACUGUUGGUGCCCGUUCAAACAAAGAUCGAGCGUCGUGAGAGACGUCGCGAAGAAAAAGCAUUGGUCGCCGCCAAAUUGGAUUCAGCCAUUGAGAAGCAGUUGUUGGAUCGAUUGAAGAAAGGUACCUAUCAGGAUAUUUACAAUUUCCCACAAAAAGUCUUCAACAAAGCCCUGGAAGAGGAACAAGUGGAAGAGGAAGCUGAAAGUGAGGCUGAAGAUGAGGAGGUUAGUGAAGAUGAAUUGGAAAUGGAAAUGGAAACAGAAACUGCACCAGGAUCGAGACAAAAGUCACAAUUGGAACUUACUGAAGAAUUUGUAGAAGCACCAUCGGAUGAAGAGGAUAGCGAUGAUAGUGACUCUGAAAUGUCAGACGCUGAAAGUGAAUCGGGCGAGAAACAAAAAGUUUAUUUGCCCAGCGACUUUGAGUCAGAUGAUGAUGAUAUUGAGGAUGUUGGAUCGAAGAACAAACGUGUGCCGAAGAAACCAACUGUCAAUAAAACCAAACCAGCCAAGAAGAGACACAUCGAAAUUGAAUACGAAAUGGAGUCGGACAAGCCACGACAAAAGGCUAGACAUUAAUUUUAUUUGUAUAAGGAAAUGUAAUACACAUACAGCAUUCUGUAUCAAUUUCCGUUUUAUUUUUCAAACAAUAAUAAAUUAAACAGUUGAUCCUGUUCAUUGUAUAAGAA